ACCCCUCCGCCUGGGCAGGAGAGCGAGGCGGGCUCUGGGCGUGCGCCUGCGCAGAACGGCCAGCAGAGGGCGGGACGAGCUCCGCGCGUGCGCACGGGAAGGAGUGGCGUUUGUGACGCGCCUCCGCGGUAAGGAAUGCGAGGCGGGUGUAACGCGCUUGCGCCGGCAGCGGCUGCUGGUGGGCGGCGGGCGGCGGUUCCCUGCGGGCUGGUAGCAGCGGCCGGGGCGCCACAGCCAGUGACACAAUCAAAUCAAAGGGACGGUGAGAAGACAACAGAACAAAACAUAAAGGUAUGUACAAGUGUUGUGAUCAGCGUACUCCAGAAAAGAAAUAAUCCGAGACAGAAGAUCAAAACUUUUUAGAAAAACUGGAUGGCUUCUACAGUGAGUGUGAACUUGGAUAAAGACACGUUGUUGGUGGAUGGAAUACCACCUGCAAAAAAGCCCAGAAAACUGUUGCCAAGCCUUAAAACCAAAAAGCCCCGGGAACUUGUUCUGGUAAUUGGGACAGGGAUCAGUGCAGCAGUAGCUCCUCAAGUCCCAGCACUGAAAUCUUGGAAAGGGUUAAUCCAGGCCCUGCUGGAUGCUGCUAUUGACUUCGAUCUUCUUGAAGAGGAGGAGAGCAGAAAGUUUCAGAAAUGUCUCCAAGAAGAUAAGAACCUUGUUCAUGUUGCCCAUGAUCUUAUCCAGAAACUGUCUCCGCGCACUAGCAAUGUCCGCUCCACAUUUUUCAAAGACUGUUUAUACGAGGUGUUUGAUGACCUGGAGUCUAAAAUGGAAGAUUCUGGGAAACAGCUGCUUCAGUCUGUGCUUCGCUUAAUGGAAAAUGGAGCACUCGUAUUAACCACAAACUUUGAUAACCUGCUGGAACUGUAUGCAGCAGACCAAGGGAAACAACUUGAAUCUCUUGACCUUACUGAUGAAAAAAAGGUGCUGGAGUGGGCGCAAGAAAAAAGGAAGCUCAGUGUCUUGCAUAUCCAUGGAGUUUACACAAACCCCUGUGGAAUAGUGCUUCAUCCAGCCGGAUAUCAGAAUGUGCUGCGCAAUACAGAGGUUAUGCGGGAGAUCCAGAAGCUGUAUGAAAACAAAUCAUUCUUGUUCCUGGGCUGUGGCUGGACUGUUGAUGACACCACGUUUCAGGCUCUUUUCCUAGAAGCUGUGAAGCACAAGUCAGACCUGGAACACUUCAUGCUUGUGCGGAGGGGAGAUGUGGAUGAGUUUAAGAAGCUCCGUGAAAACAUGCUGGAUAAAGGGAUUAAAGUCAUUUCAUAUGGAAACGAAUAUGCAGAUUUACCUGACUACUUUGAAAGGCUGACAAGUGAGAUCUCCACACGGGAUCGAACAGGUCUGCCUACUGAAGGACAGCUAAAUGGCUCUUCUACAGCCCAGACUGAAAUAAAAGGGCAGCUCUCUGGUAGCAUAUGUCCAGAGGGGGGUAUCCCUCUCCCAAAGGUGCUAAGGGUAGCUGCUGCUUGUGCAUGGAGGAAAAGCAGUGGCAGUUUUGCAAUGUGCCAGCAAUGCUGGAUCUGGCUGACUUUGGAGGGAUAGAGUCAAAAGCAGCUUUCACUGAAGGUUAGGUGCAAGUAGCAUUUAAACUGCUUUUUAGUCACAAAUUAACACUUACACAGAAGGGAGCAUAUGCUACUCUUCCUCUUCCAGGGGCUACAGCUCAUCGCUGGUACUGGUAGGAUCAAAAUUAGCACUUGGGGGUGCUGUGAGCAGUUUAAUUAGGAUGAAUUAAAUACUGUCCUAGACCUGUUCAAAAGGAUAUUUUAACUUUACACAGGGUGCAGCACCUGAGCAUCUACCCCUGCAGCUCAACUGAUUGUGCUACUGGUUAAUCCGAGUUAAAGACCCUGGUACCUACUGCAGGGGUCAAUGAACCUCAGUCAGUUUACAGGGAAAAUGAAGAAUCUCACCUUUCCUGUGUCUGGUUCUUAAGCAAGUGGGAUUCAGCUGUGAUCAUGCCAUUCUAAAACCAGCUAGAAAUUAAGGCUUCAGAGUCCCAGGUGGAAGGUCCUGGCUGUUGAAGACUACCUGUAGCUUACACAGCAGCUGUGAUAUCCUCUUUUCUCUCAAGGGUGCGGUAUCUCCAAGGAGAGUUUCUCUCCAUCUGAACAGCAGCAGCCUCGGCAGUUUCAUACCUUGUACUUUUGUAUUCUGUACAUUUCAGUGAAAUGAAACUUGAGCCGUUUUUAUUACUUGAAGCUUUAGUUUUCUAGUCCUUUCUUUAUACUGUACAGUAUUUUGUAUGUUGAAGUGUAUUAAAAGCCUGCUUCACACUUA